AUGGGCGGCGCCGCCGUGGCCAUCGGUUGCGUGGCGAUGGCGGCAUACCUGUACGUCCACAAGAGGAAUAAGAAGAGGAGGAAGGGGGAGACCAGCACCGGCGAGUGGCUGCCGGAGUACCGCUCUCCCGCCCCCCGCGGCGGCGGCAGGUCCUUCUCGCUGGCCGAGAUCAAGGCGGCGACCCGGAACUUCAGCGAGGCGCUGGUGGUCGGCGUGGGCAGGCGGGGGAAGGUGUUCCGCGGCGUCGUGGAUGGCGGCACCGCGGUGGCCAUCAAGCUGGCCGACCCGUCGACGGGCCGGAGCGCGCGCGAGUUCCGGGCGGAGAUCGAGGUGCUGUCCAACCUGCGGCACCGGCACCUCGUCCCGCUCCUCGGCUUCUGCUCGGACAAGGAGGAGACCAUCCUCGUGUACCGGUACAUGCCGCGCGGCACGCUGCGGGAGCACCUGCGCGGCAAGAGCGGCAAGCCGGUGAUGCCGUGGUGGCGCCGCCUCGACGCGUGCAUGGGCGCCGCGCGGGGCCUGCACUGCCUGCACGCCGGCGGCGUCGUCCACGGCGACGUCAAGACCACCACCAUCCUCCUCGACGAGAACUGGGUCGCCAAGCUCUCGGACUUCGGCCUCUCCAACUCCAAGCACGCCACGAUGGAGUCCGACGUCUACUCCUUAGGCGUCGUGCUCUUCGAGGCGCUCAUGGCGCGGCCGGCGCUGCCGCCAGGGGACCAGGCCGUCGGCCUCGCCGAGCACGCGCUCACAUGCCACCGGAACGGCACCCUGCCGGACGCCGUUGACGCGGCGAUCAAGGACCAGGUCGCGCCGGAAUGCCUUGAGAAGUUCGCUGAGACCGCCGUGGAGUGCCUCGCGCACCAAGGCACGGAGCGGCCGGCCAUGGGCGACGUGCUAUGGAACCUAGAGUUGUCCAUGCAGCUGCAGCUGAUUAAUCCCAAGAGGACGUAACAAGGAGCCGUAUUGGUGUACAGCAAAAUCAAAUAUUCGUCGUGUCGUGCUUUUGGUGCUAAAUUACUUUCCCACUAGCAGCACAGCUAGGUGCGCCCACCAUAGUUCAUGGCCUAGAAGAGCUCUCAGAUGAAAAAUGUAAAUCAUUGCAAUGCGAUGGUUCAGGUUUUUUGGGUUAAAAAUGAUGGAUAUGAAA